CGGUGUCGAAAUUUGUUUAUCUAGGAGGAACAGUGACCUAGGAGGGGGGCUCAGAUGAAGACAUGAAAAGCAGACUUGGAAAAGCCAGAGCAGCAUUCAGCAAGCUUAGAAAAAUAUGGAAGAGCAGUCAACUGAAAUUGAAAACUAAGCUGAAGUUCUUUAGGUCCAACGUUAUAGCUAGUCUGUUAUUCGGUUGUGAAACAUGGCGUAUGACUAACAGAGAUGCGACCAUUCAAACGGUUUUAGCCUGUGACAUUUUUAGGAAGGAAACACGCCAUGAAUUUGUGAAGAUUUUUUUCUCGUGCCAGGGCCUUGGCGGUUAAGAGAGACAGAGAGAAAGUUGGCUCUGGGUACGAAAAAUUGAGGGAAUGGGGGUGCUGGUGACUAAUUACGUCCGCAAUCGCGAGGCAAUCGCAAACGAACACGACUAUUGCUACAAAGCUGACAAAGGUGUCCGUAUGAUCUGAUCGAUGGAGGAUCCUACAAGAGCUAAAACUCCAGGAGCGUCUACAACUUAUAAAGGUACUCGGAGUCGAAUGUUAGAUAUCCCGGAUGGGGUAACUGAACAUGAUUCAUCAUAUCAUAACAUCAUAACCAUCAACAUGAACGGGAAGAACCAUGGAAAAGGAAUUACGGAUAAUCGGAGACACCUGACUGGAUCAUUUCUCAAGCGUUCCUCUGCCUCUGUGAUAUUUUGUCAAGAAGUUCCAGACAAAUUUGAGACAGAGGUGGUCGAGAAAUGUUAUGGUGAAUACGAGUAUGCUGUUACGGAUAAGGAAUCGGCGGUGAUGUGGCGCCCGAAAGAAUUUGAUGGCGACCCUGUGCAAGGUACGGAGGUAUCAAUCACAAAAAUUGUGGAAAAGUUGCAAAAGGAGGAAUCUGAUGUAGACGUGAGUGAGGUAAGGACAAGAACUACCAUGGUUAAAUUAAGAAGUCGUAGAACAAACGCAUCCUUCUUGGCAGUUUCAUGGCAUGGACCAUGGCGUCCAUCCGAAGUCACUAAACUAAAAAUAUUCCACGGUCUCAUUCGCUUCUUGCGUGAAGUUUGUGAGAUGGAAGGGCUACGCUCGUUUAUCAUUGGAGGGGACUUUAACUUGAACACAAGUAAAGUUAAGCAAACAGAAUACGGAGUAACGAUAUCAAGAUAUAAGUUAUGCAAUCGAGACAAAAAGCGGGAGUCACGAGGACCUGGCCGUAAUUUCGUAUCCUACAAGGAUAACUUUAUCGCCUCAGUUACAAUUCCUUCUGACAUCACAGUGUAUUGGGUACAGCCUCUCGAUUUAGAAGAUGAAAGCAGCGAAAAUCCACUGCUGGAUCAUGUGCCUGUUGUGGCUAUCCUUAAACUUGACAGUCUGCUUACGUACAAGACUAAACCUUUCAUCAAGCAAGAUAGAGGUAAGCUAGAGCAGUAUUUUCAGUCGUGCACUUUCCGGCUGACUUUCGUUAUGUAACAAAGUUGUGACUAUGCUCAAAUUAUUUGAAAAGGUUGAUGUUAGACUUUCUCAAAGUCCGCUUUCGAAUUCCAUUUUAUUUUCCGGCUUCUUCUCACUCAGUUCUCGGGUCAGAAAACAUAAGCAUCUACGGUAAGGACAUUCUAGAAGCAGAGAAACGGCCGAAUAGGAACUGAAAACAGCUGCCCUGACAGCAUGAACCAGUCAUAUUUCUAGCUUUUUGCAGUUUCAAAACACUCUUUUUGUUAUUCAAAUUUGCCAACUUUUUCUGGUGGAUAAUUCAGUUCAUCGCUUCAAUAGCCAACAGAUCUUUGUCUGGACUUCAGGUACGCUUCAGGCUAUACGAUCUUGAUUUGCAUGCAUGAAAAACAUGC